AUGGCAAAGACAGCGGGCAUCCUGUAUGUAACUAUGCAACCCUCGGCCGACCUCCCAGCCGCCGAAUUCCACGAUUGGUAUAAUAACGAACAUGGUCCCAAUCGCCUCCGCCUCCCUUUCAUCCACAAUGGCUUCCGCUACCGUGCCCGCGACUCUCAAGGCGAAGGCAAAGGAAAAGCAGAAUGGAUGGCCAUCUACGAUACCGAUGACAUGGACGCCUUCAACUCGGAAGCUUACCUCGCUCUCCGUGGUGCUCCCAUACAGACACAGAGGGAAAGAGAUAUCAGACCCAGUGUUGAUAUCGAUAGAAGGAGUUUUGACCUUGUGAGCAGUAGAGAGGCCAAGGAGUUUAAGAAGUUGGAGAAGAUUGAGAAUUAUGGAGAGGGUAAUGUUAUGGUUUCUGUGAGCUUGAGGCUGAAGGCUGGGAAGAAGGGUGAAGAGUUGGAUAAGUGGUAUGAUGAGGAGCAUAUCGAUUUGUUGGCUAAAGUGCCUGGGUGGCUCCGUACAAGACGCUAUGUCACUGCUGCCAUUGAUAAGAAGGAUGAGGUAGAGUACAUGGCUCUGCAUGAAUAUGCGCCAAAGAACGGACUCGGUGGUAAAGAGUGGCAAGCGUCCAUCGACACACCCUGGGCCAAGGACAUCAUGACCAAUGUCGUGGGUGAAAAGGUCAGACGCGAGUACGAGCUCUUCUACACUUUUGGCGGUGCUCCCCGCGACCUCCAAAACUUCGCCAGUGCAGGCUUCAGAAGAUGGGACAGCCCUGCUACACAAACCAGGACUUUCUCAACCAGCAACAAUGGUGGCGCCAUUGAAUCUUACAUCACGACCGAUGAUGGUGCAGAGCUUGGCUACAGACUAGAAGGCUCCACGGAUCCCAACGCCCCUCUUAUUGUUCUCAGCAACUCCAUCCUGACUUCCUAUGGCAUCUGGGACCGCUUUGUGGACUCUUUCCUCGCCAAGAACAAGCAGUACCGUAUCCUGAGAUACAACACCAGAGGGCGCACGAGCAAGGCCGGUGAGAAGCUAGUUACAAUGGACGUCCUAGCCUCUGACAUCAUCGCCCUACUCGACGAGCUCAAGGUGCCCAAAGCAGCAGCUAUCGUCGGCGUCAGCAUGGGCGGAGCAUCAGUCCUCAAUGCAGCCCUGACCUACCCCGACAGAAUCGGUUCCUUCAUCGCCUGCGACACAAACGACAAGAACCCUGAAGUCAACAGAAAGGCAUGGGGAGAAAGAGUAGCUAUUUGCGAAAAGGAAAACGCAUCAGGUGAAGAAGGCGAAAAGAUUGUAGGAGAAGAACUCGCCGAAGUGACAGUCAGAAGAUGGUUCGUCAAGGAAAGCUACGAUGGAGGCGAGAUGGAAAAGGAGUGCGAAAGAGUCAAGCAGAUGGUGGUCAACAACAGUCUCGAAGGAUUUAGGGCGAGCGUGGAGGCACUGUGCGAUUACAACUUCCAGCCGCACAUGAAGAGUGGAAAGGUAAAGGGUGUGUUUGUGGUUGGCAGUGGAGAUGGAGUAUUGCCAAAGACUAUGAAGGACAUGGCUGCUAGAUACGGCAGCGACGGCGCAGAGUGCGUCGAAAUUGAGGGAGCGGGUCAUUUGCCCAUGGUGGAAAAGCCAGACCAAGUGGCAGAAGUUCUGGGCAGGCUUGUAGCUUCGACUUUGUAG